AUGCACCGUAACACUUCCCUCCUAGCGCGAAUAAGCGGGAUAUUACCCCCACCACGAUUAAAUGUCAGUGUCUAUAAAGGCGUGCGAUAUCACCGCGAUGGACAAGUGUGCAGCUGUCGCUUUUGCGAGAUCGUGCGGGCACGCGCCGAGCUUUUCUUGUACGAGGAUGAGAAAGUGGUUGUCUUUCGCCCUUUGCGACCAAUUAUGGCAAGUCAUGUCCUCAUUGUGCCGCGCGCACACAUUCAGAACGUUAAUCGGCUAGCUACCAGACAUCGUGAGCUUCUCGUGCGCAUGUACCGUGUGGCCAAAGCUGUCAUGAUCAAGAUUACAGAACCUGGAGCGUUUGACGAGCAAAUGGACUUAAAACUUGAAGAGCUUGACGAUACAUACAAGAAUCCAGUGCGUUACUCGUUUCAUGUGCCACCUUUUAACAGCAUUGAUCAUGUUCAUAUGCACGUUUUUCACGACGAUGCGCGCAGUCUCGGCUGUUAUGGGCGCAUCAAAUAUCGCACCAAGUCCUGGUGGUGUCGCUCGUACGAUGAAGUAAUGGAUAGACUAACGGAUAUAGCCGACGAUGAACAACACGACGAAGGUGCUGAUCUUGAGACGUCGUCAUCCACCACGUCAAGCCCUUCGUUUGAAGAGCACCGAAUAGCUUAG